AUUCACUGAUCAUAAAUAAUUGGUUUGAUCUUGCAAGUAAAAUAUAUCCAGUGAAAAAUGGCUCGGUUCGGAAGUCUCUGUGGAAUAUUUCUUUUUCAAUUUUAUUUUCACUUCAAUUUUGAAGUUAGUGCGGAAAAUUCUCAGCCAAUACUUGGGCAAACCAAACUGAUCUUAAGUCAGGAAAAUUGCCUUUCUAAUGAGUGCACCUUGGGGGCCGUAGUUGCGGAUGCGAUGGCAGAUCAUUUUACUAACGACUCAUUCCGGCCUUUGGCUAUGGUGGAUGGAAGCAUUUUCAAAAAGUCGAUUCCCAAAGGAGACAUCAGAAAAAGUGACGUGGAAAGUGCAAUUUCAACCGAUUCCGUGAUUAAUUUAGUUCCUAUAAAAAAAGAAACAAUUGUACGCUUAGCCGAACAGUUUUACUCUAAAAACGAUGUCCUUCAAGUCUCAGGAUUGAAAAUUGCGAUUGAUCCCACCAAAGCAGGAACCGAGCGUAUUCUGACAGUUGAUGUCACCAAUCCAUUAGACAAAUCCUGGAUUAAGAUGGAUCAGCAAAAAGUGUACUACGUGGCUGUACCUUCUCAUCUGUCGGAGGAUGUCAAACAAGCUUCUGGAGGAAAUGAACCUACAAAAUUGACUGGACCUUCUAUCAAAGCGGUUUUCGAGCAGUACGUCAGUAAGGUAAAAGUAAUCGAUGGAUACAAAGCGGGUCGAGUUCUUAUUUGUUCCGAGCUAGUUUUAUGCAAAGCAAUGCCAAAUCUGGCAAAGCAGGUUAAUCCACCUCAAGUGGUGAUCCCACACAAGAGUGCUAAAAGUGUUGCCAAAACCACAACAACCCCCAACCUUGACAACAUUCUAAAAUCUGCUGAUGCCACUGCGUUGUAAAACAAAAUGUUUCGAAAGCCUUAUAAGUGCCUGGUUUUAAAAAAAACCUUAAAUGUGCUAAAGAUGGAAAUGGAAUUUAAAAUCCAUGUUCUUAAAUAAACUUAAUAGGGUGAACUUGGCACCGACUUUCUUUCCAGGGUUUUGAAUCUCGAAAAAUACAAUUUCCAACGGUCACCAUCAUCUGUACCCAGAAUUCAAAACAAAAAAGGGAAAAUCACAAACAUUUCUUGGAUCCUGAAACUCUCAUCGUUCUAAGGCGACCGUCAAAAACUAGAUGGUCAGAAAAUUUGGUCGUUAAAUGUUAAUUAUACAUAUUUAAAGCUUCUUAA